AUUUUUACUGUGACACUUUAUCGUUCGAGGCAGAUAUUUUGUUUUGAUUAAAAGAAAAAAUCUCCUGCAAACAUAAAUUUUAUAUGAAAAAUUUUUCGUGCUGACAAAAAAAUAAAGAUUUGCAAAAAUUUGGUCCUAUUUGAAAUCAUUUUGGAGUAAAUCUCCGACAGAAGAAGAAGCAGACAUGAGUUGUCGGAUGGUGUGUACCGGCGAAGGGGCAACGACCACGACAUCUGGUGGAAAAUGCAUGAGACCGGGUCCAAUGACACGAAAUGGUUAUUUGAACUUUUUACGAGAAUAUCGUCAAAAACAUUGCGGCUUAACGGCCGUGGAAACGGUGCGACAGGGAGCCUUUGCAUGGAACAAAUUGUCCCAAGAAGAAAAGAACCGCUACAAAAAAAUGGCUUCAGCGGUUUCCAGCCGACCUCGUCGCAGUGCUUUUGCGCCGCGUAGAAUGAGACGCAGUGCAAGUUCUAGAUCUCGACGUUCCGCUCGUAGAACAACGAUGGCUGCUGGUAGAACAUCGCGUCGAAGGCAACGGCGUGCCGCAAAACGUAGACGAAACUAAAAUUCCUUGGACGAAAUUGAAAUGUUUUUGUAGUAUCAAAUUUUGUCGUCAUAGGAAUUAUUUUAAAUAAAAUUUAAAUGUUGUUUUAUCCCCAAAAUA